UUUUUUUGCAAUUGACAUUUUGGCUUCGAUCACAUGCAACCAGGAAAGGUUCCAACAACAACUUGACUACCUUCCCAACCAUUGGACCCCUGAUCUGAUUGAUCCAUGAUUGUGUGAAAUGCGUCGCACAGUACCUUACGAGCGUACUUACAGGCCCAGUUGGCGAGGUAUAUUGCUGCAGAGGAAGGAGCGAUUUGAGCUGCCUAAACCUGGGUCUCAACAAGUGGGGUGAUGCGCGAGGCAAGGCAAUGGAUACGGCGGGCUUCACUCUUCUACCAUGGACACCAGGGUCACUUCUUCCUAGGGCUACAGACAUAUUCAGUGAUAUCAAGUCUUAUAUGAGCUGGUUAUUCAAUAGUCGUUGCGAUCAUCAGACAACCCAGAUCAUCCUCAUCUGGAGCACAAUGAACCAUGCCUUCGAUCCCACGAAGGCAAGAACGGCGCCCUGAGAGCUGGCAGAACUCCGUCGUUUCCUCCGGACAGAAUGUGCCAGUUUCAGCCACCAUCAACUCCAGCUCCAGUAGCCUGGUCACGGUUCCGUUAACAUCUCAUAGUAGCGCACUCGCCAAGAUUGAGAGCCUCAUGGAGUCAAUGCUGGAUGCGGUAAUUGCUGGUGUUGAGCUGCCCAUUCCGUAUCGAACGGUACGGUCUGCUCCAGCUGGCCCGGGUAUUCGGUCCAGUCAAAACCACGACCGUCAAUCUGAUAUAGUGAGGUUCCCUGGACGCACAAUCCAGGAGGCAAAACGGUUUGAAGCCCUGUUCUGCAUCCUCCAGUUGUCCCAUGAAGCUCUUCUGUCCGGAAAACUCAUCACAAAGAGGAACAUAUACUACCAGAACCCGGAACUGUUCAAGUCGCAAAGCAUGGUGGACGACAUGGUUGACAACUUGGCCUUCACACUUGGGGUGGGCCGCACAGAUCUGAACAUAGUGGCUGCAGCCAAAGGCUUGGUAUCCGGACCGAUAGAUCUGGUUCUGAACGACGGUUCCGUCAACAGCUACGACCUCCUAGGCAGCACGGGAUCACUUUUGCCUCCCGUCAGUUCAAUUCAACAGAUCGACUUCCGCUGUAUAAAGUGGGUGUUGGUAAUCGAGAAGGAGGCCACGUUCCGGACAUUGGCCGCCUCCGGCUAUGCCAUGAGCUCGCAACUUGGCCACGGCAUUCUCCUUACGGGAAAAGGCUUCCCCGACUUGGACACCCGGCGCUUUCUUUGCUUACUCCACUCACUUCGUUCAAACAUGAACAUCUUUGCUUUGAUUGACUUUGACCCUGACGGCAUCGCGAUCAUGCGGACCUACAAGAAUGGGAGCCGGCGCCUCGAACAUGAGCAGGACGCCACCGUGCCACGACUAAGAUGGCUUGGCAUUCACAGCAACGACAUCCUCUCGAGCAAUGCUUCAGAUCAUGAAGAAGGUGUUGGCAGUGAUGGAAGUGGAGCUAGUCAAGACGGUUCCAGCCAGGAAUCUGGAGCGUCCUCCUCCUAUGGUUCUCAGCAAGAGAGACCUGCAAAAAGAGCCAGGAUGAGCAGGAUGAAUCCUGGCCCAAUCGAGUCAGUGUGCCCUCUUACCCAGCGUGACAGGAAGAAAGCGGUAGAGGUUAUGAAGGAGAUAAUAGCUGCGGCGGACGGCUGCGGCGAGGAUGAGUUCGAGCAAAUGCUGGAGCUGCAGCGGAUGCUACUUCUCAACAUCAAGGCUGAGAUGCAGGCCGUGGACAACUUUGGCGACAUCACUCGCUGGCUGGACGCGAAGCUUCCGUGCUAGUUCAAGGUUCAUGAUGAGAUCGUUAUAUUGUUAUCUUCGUUCUUGGUGAGUCAGUCACAAUAGCGGGAAGUACUCAGCAGGACUAUUCUCUAAGAUAAUCUUGCAGUCUGACCCUGUAGUUAGUAACUCCAUAUGUAGUUGGAAGUAUAUACGAUAGUGAUUCAGUCAC